AUGGUGACUUCGUCGGUAGCACCCCCGUGGAACUCGGUCACCUGCCGCGCAGACAUGUCGCCGGCGGCUGCAAAAAGUUCCGAGGUUGACGCCGCGUCCGCCAUGGUGCGCCGGCGGUCCGUGGCAGCAAAGAUCCCCGAGAGCUCACCUGCCGAGUGCUUUCUGCUGUCGAUGCCGAACUCCCUGGUCCCGCCGGGGGCUCCGCGCCCAGACCUGCUGGGAGGCGCCGUCGACAGCCGCCCGUUGCAGGCGCGGAGCCAUCGCAGCAGCUGUCCCGACCUGCUUCGCGGCGUGAGCAACGACCACGCAGCGGAGCUGAGUCCGCUCGUGUCGCCUUCCUGGCUGUCGCGGAAAAGAAAGGUGCGCGGCGCGCUCGAGGCCCUGGAUUCCAACGACUGUGAAGUGUGGCGGUUCCGGUCCUGCGCGUCAAUCUCCAGUUUGUGUCGGCAGACGUGGGACUGGCCGGAGCUGGGCCGAGACAGUUUUGAAGACGCGCGGAGCGGUUCAGACGUGGACGCGAACGGUGGGGGUUUCGAUCGCCGGACUGUCUCGCCGGCGUCUCAGGAAGAUCUGUCUCCUUUCCGCAGCGGAGGAGAGGAGCACGCGCCGGGGGGGUCUCUGGACGCGGGGCGCGGCGACGCGUGCGAGGCCCUGAAACUUCCCGUCCAGGCCCCGUGCGGAUCGAAGGCGCUGGACAAAGCCGACCGCGAGACGCCUGCGACGCACGCGUCUCAGUUGACAUCGCCGUUUGGAGACUCUGCCUCGACAGGCUUCUCGGACCGGGGCGACUGCGCGCUGUCCCUCUGCGCCGACGACAGCGCGUCCCCGAGUCUCCUCUCCGAGGACGGCGAAGGCCCAGCUGCGCAGGCAGCGCCGCCUGGAGACGCGAGCUGGAAGACGCGCGUCCCGCUCGCCGAGCUGAUGGGGCAUUCCGGCGGCGCGGGGCACGCCUCCCGGCAUGUCGCCCAGGCGCUUUUUCCGGCCCCGCCGGCGCCGUACCUGGCUCAGCUGCUGCAGCUGCAAGACGUCUACGAGGCAGCCUUCCUCGCCGUCGAAGUCCUCCCGGAGCGGUACCUCCAGCGCAUUCAGCAGCUCGACGCGCUCCAGAGCCUCGUGGGGCCGGAGCUGUACACGCGGUGUAGUCACCUCGCGACGGUGCGCGCGAUCUACGUGGAGAGUUGCGACCUCGUCGCUCGGUGCAAAGAGGAACUGCUCGCGCAGCUCGUCGAGGAGGCGACACGCCAUCGGGAAGAGUCGGUCGAGAACGCAGACGACGACGACUGGCCGCCCGAGGACGCCUUCAGCACGCCGCUGGUGAGAUCCUUCUCAGGCACUUCGAGCGGCGGGGGGUUUGCGGCGAGACCUGCAGUCGCGCCGGUCUCGAAGGAAACGCGAGACCCGCGGGCGAUCCUGCGGCGGGUCGCCGAGCAGCUGCAGGCGGUCAAGGCGCUCCAGAGCCAGGUCGGUCCAGAUCUUCUCGAGGGGAUGGCGGAGUUGGUGGCGGAGCUCUGUCGCGGGGAAGCGGGCGAGACCCGCCCGGAGCGGAUUCGCGAGUUCGUGGACCAUUUCCUUCACGCCUUCUUCAGCUGCCGCGUGGCCGCCGAGCUCCAGCGCGAACACUUCUUGACCGCCGUCGAGGGGCGAGACUGCGGAGCGAUCCUCUCGUCCCACGUGGCUGUCGAACACCUCAUUUGCCGCGCAGCGCUCGACGCGCAGGAACUCUCGUUGCACCAUCUGGGAGUCGCCCCGCCUGUCGAAAUCUACAUCUCCGAGCUGCGCAGCGUGGACCAAGAACUCAAGGCCUUCCUCCUCGCGGCAGCCCGCUCCGAGGGCCCCUCCUCCGUGGGCUGGAGCUCCUCGGCGUCUCCCGCGGGGCGCGCAGACGGAUCGGAAGCGGCCCUCGGGACCGACUCGGCCGAGCGCCGUCCUCCCUGGCUGGCGACUCCUUCGGCCGCGAGCGCCAAGACGGGCGCUCAGUCGCCGGUGUCCUCGCCUUCCUCCUCGCUGCCGGCUUCGCCGCUCGGCGAAUCCCCGCGGGAACCGGGUCUCCCCGGAACCGUCCGGUUCCCGUGUUUCUCGUCGUACGCGUAUAGCGGGAUCUUUGAACUGGUGAAGAACGCCAUGCGGGCGUCCGUCGACGCGUGGGCGGCGGCUCCGCGCGCGUCGCAGCCCUCUGGCGACCGCGUGGGACCUCGUGAAGAAGGCGGCAGCACGUGGCGGAGCACGUGCAGUUCGCUCUCGAACGCGUCGCUCUCUCAGGGAAGCCUCGCCGUUCGCGCUCCCUGGCGCCUCGUGACGCUUGGCCGGUCCAGGCGCUUGAGGAAACUGCCGGGACGCCAGCUGGAGUGCGUAGUGGAGCGCAACUCGGCGGGCGAGACGCGAACUGGGCACACGCGCGUCGUCGUGCUGGAAGAGAACGCGCCGUCGUCCGUGAAAGUGAACAUGGUAAAGGUGCUCGGCAGUCUCGUGAUUCAAAUCGAAGACUCCGGCCGGGGUCUGGGCGCCGAGGAACUCGCCAAGAUCUGGUCCUUCGCCUACUCGACCGCGCACGAGAAAAGUACAAAGGGCGUCGCCGUGCGCAACGGAGAGUCCGACGAAGCCGUCCCCGUCCUCGCAGGCUGCGGAGUCGGGCUGCCAAUGAGUCGAGUCCAUGCGCAGAGUCUGGGUGGCGACAUCUUCAUGGAAUCUGCCCAAGGGGUCGGCACGUGCGCGUACAUGUGUUUGUCUAACUUGCAAGAAUUCCGAAACGAAGCCUUGAAGACGCACGGCAGAAACCACCGGGAACUGCUGGACGGUCUGCACGUACAGCCCCUCUCGUGCGCGGAGACGACCUCGAUGCUCGCCUCCACGCCGCCCCCGAUGGUUGUGAAGGCCCGCGGCGUGGGUUCGCUACCCUCGGCGUUCUCGCAGCUCGUCUAG